AUGUCGGCUGAUCUUGUAUUUUCCGGUAAGUCCACUCCAUCCUUUGUUUUUAUAUUGUUUUAGGUAAGGAGUGCUCGUUGGAGGAGUUCCCCACACAAAGUCACAACCUCAUCAACACCUUGUUCGCGGUCGAGAAGUUUGCAUUGGCCUUCGAAGAAUGUACGGAUGUCGGUGACAGUCAGGGAAAUGCCGUGGAUACCUUGAGCGAGAUCAAACAAGUUAUUUAUGAUAUUAUUGAUUCCUUCCGAGGUGCGAACAGCGCCGAGCUCGUCGAAAAGGCCGAGGUCUCCAAGGAAGCUGAAGAAUUGAAGAGAAGAAACGUUGAACUGGAGGGGGAGAAUGAGGAAUUGCUUCGGAAAAAUCAGGAGUUGCUGGAUAGGCUGAGUUCUUUGGAGUCUGAGGGAACUGGCGCUGAGGUAAGGCCAAUAUUUUUGUUGUAUUUUUGGCUUUUAGAAACAGAUCCUCGAAGGAAAUCGGCUGGAGAUUCUGCGUUUGCAAGAUGUGAUUGAGAGCAAUGAACAGAAGCAUUCGCUUGAAACUCAGGCGCUGAAAGAGCGAAUCGACAAACUCAAUGUGAGACAAUUUAUAUUAUGCUUGAUGAAUAGUGAGAAAUGUAUAUUGUACAUGAUGAAUAAGUUCAUUCUGAUUUAGAACGAGAGGAAUGAACUUGAACACGCCUUGGAAUUCGAGAGGACCGAAAGAGAAGCCAUUCUUGGCCAUUUCGAGCAAUACAAAGAGCAGAAGGAGGCGGAAUUACAACAACUAGAGGUAGAAAUGGAACAAGCGGACAAGUGUUAUAUGGCUCUCAACAAAGGAAAACCGUAUGUAAAUUUUGUUUGAAUUGUUCAGUGUUUAGAUUGGAGAAAGAAAACGUCGUGCCGACGGAGAAGAAAUUCUUGGAGGAGUCGUUGAGUGCCGGCAAACUGUAAGUUCUUUUAUUUGUGCACGGUGCGGAUCGUGACAAAAUGUCCAUGAACUUUAUGCAAAAACUGUAUAUAUUGUACCUGUCUAGGAAUACCACCAAGACCAUCUCAUCCGAUGUCUCCGUCAACAUGGACGACACUUUGAUGAAGAAUCCACCGAAUGAAGCGGAAGACGAAACCAAGAUGGGCAUUGCGGCGUUGAUCUCGAUUCUUGGAAAGGUUUACGAGAUCUCCAACCUGCUAGUCCAAUAUAUGAAAGGAAACCGUGCGGCGGACCCGAAGAACGAUUGGAUUGAACAAUGUAGAAGUCAGAGGAAGAUGUUGUUUGAGUUGAUUGGGCUCCUCAAAAAGGCUGAGAAGGAGGAGACUGAGGUAAAUUUACAUUCAUAGGGGGAGUAAAAUAGUACUCCAAGUGUGAUGGUCAGAUUUAGAUGAACCGUGGCACAAAUUUAUAAAAAAAAUUUUGUAAGACAAGCGAGGCUAGCUAGCGCUUUGCAGAAACGACCGAGAUUUUUAGGCCGAAAGUAGGCAAAAAUACGACAGUUUUUGGAUUUUUUGCAUGAAAUUUUUCAUACCUAUUUCUACCGUAGAGAGUAAUGUUUCCAAAAAAAAAUUUAUUUUUCCACGCGAAAUUGGCAACGACAUGGCCAAAUAGUGCUUUUUUCUGACCGCUCUUCGCCUUUUGCGUAAUCUCUCGGCGGUAAAUAUUGUUGAAUAUAUGGGAGAUUUACAAAUUUUGAUUUUCAAUCCAGCUCAAAGCGGUAAUUUGGGUUCAAAGUUAACCUCGGACUUAAAGUCCGCCGGAUCUUGUCCAAUGCAAGCAUAAAAAAUGCUAAAUUGAGUCAAGCCUAUCAACAAGAUCCGCCGGACUUUAAUCCAAGGUUGACUUUGAACUGAAUUUGCCACUUUGGGCUGGAUUGAAAAAAACAAAAUUUAUAAAACACAGCCCAUAUAUUCAACGAUCUUCGCCGCCGAGAGGGUACGCAGAAGGCGUAGAGCGGUCAGAAAAAAACACUAUUUGGCCAUAUCGUUGUCAAUUUCGCGUGGAAAUAAUUGAUUUUUUGUGGAAACAUUACUCUCUACCGUGGAAAUAUGUAUGGAAAGUUACAUGCAAAACAUCCAAAAACUGGCGAAUUUUCACCUACUUUCGGCCUAAAAAUCUCGGUCAUUUUUAGAGCACGCACCUAUGCCCAAAGUGUGUACAAAAUUUACAGAAAAUCUGAGCGUCGCAAUUGGGUACUUCUCUUGUAAACGGCAACUUUAGUUACAUCUUAUCCAAUGUUUACUUUUAGAAUGUCAGCCUGAAUAUUGAACCGAUCGCUCAGCAUCUGAAUUUGAUGUGGAGAACCCUGGAGACGGUGAGCAGAAGAAAGUAA